UUCUUGUUAAAAACAGCCAAGCGAUCCCCGAAACGGCCGGACAGUCGUUGCGUCGUUGAAGCAGCCUCCUCAACGAGCCGUCAGACGAUCGAAGCGAGAGGUUCCGCAGCCGUCCGGGACCUCGAAAUAUCGUUAAAAUAAGGAGUCUUGAAGGAAGUCUUGGAUUUGCAUGAAUAGCCGUCUCAUGCAAGUUUCAAGCUUUACCCUCAAGAACUUAGAAUACGCUUGAGCAGCUGUUUUUAGAUUGCAUAUAGAAUCAUAGAGCUAAAGCCGUCAGAUAAGCUAAUAUAACUCAAGAUGGAGGGAAACAUCGUUGUGAAGGAAGUGCGGAUCCUGGAGACUGCUGAUGACAUCCAGGAUCGGCGAGAUCAAGUGCUUUCUCGGUACUCUCAGUUCCGCUCAGAUGCUCGCCUGAAGAGGGAAAAGCUUGAGGAUUCUCGCAAGUUCCAGUACUUCAAACGUGAUGCUGAUGAACUGGAAUCAUGGAUCCACGAGAAACUCCAGGCUGCUUCUGAUGAGAGCUACAAGGAUCCCACCAACCUUCAGGCUAAGAUCCAGAAGCACCAGGCCUUUGAGGCCGAGGUGGCUGCCCACUCCAAUGCCAUUGUGGUCUUGGACAACACUGGCUCAGAGAUGAUCAGUCAACAGCACUUUGCCUCGGAUGUCAUUAGGCAGAAGCUUGAUGAGUUACACCGUCUGUGGGAGCUGCUCCUGAGGCGUCUAGCCGACAAGGGCAUGAGGCUCCAACAGGCCCUGGUACUGGUGCAAUUCCAGCGGCAGUGUGACGAAGUCAUGUACUGGAUCAAUGAUAAGGAGACGUUUGUAACAUCGGAGGAAUUUGGCAUUGACUUGGAGCAUGUAGAAGUUCUCCAGCGCAAGUUUGAUGAGUUCCAGAAAGACAUGGCUGCCCAGGAAUACAGGGUCACUGAGGUUAACACCUUGGCAGAAAAACUGAUUACUGAAGGCCACCCCGAAGUGGAUGUCAUCAACAAAAGGAAGAAGGACCUGAACGAGGCCUGGCAACGACUGCGUCAGUUUGCUCUCACCCGACAGGAGAAAUUGUUUGGUGCCCAUGAAAUUCAGAGAUUUAACAGGGAUGCAGAUGAAACCAUUGCUUGGGUAGCUGAAAAGGAUGUAGUUUUGUCCUCUGAUGACUAUGGCCGUGACCUAGCAUCUGUCCAGACCCUCCAGCGCAAGCAUGAAGGUUUAGAACGUGACCUUGCUGCUCUGGAGGACAAGGUGUCCACCUUAGGGGAAGAGGCCACUCGUCUCUGUGGCAUCCAUACUGACCACGCUGAGCAGAUCAAGGCUAAACUAGCAGAGAUUGAGCAUUCUUGGUCUACUUUGACUGCUAAGGCCCAGGAACGACGCAGGCGUCUGGAUGAUUCCUACUAUCUGCAUAGGUUCCUGUCUGACUUCCGUGAUCUCAUCUCAUGGAUCAAUGACAUGAGGGCAAUCAUCUCUGCAGAUGAGCUGGCCAAGGAUGUUGCUGGAGCUGAAGCUCUUCUUGAACGCCACCAAGAGCACAAGGGUGAAAUUGAUGCCCGUGAAGACAGCUUCAAGAGCACUCAUGCAGCAGGUGAGAUGCUGGUGGAAAAGGACCAUCAUGCUGCUACUGAAGUCAAAGAGAAGCUGGGCACCUUAACACAAGAAAAGGCUGCUCUCCUUGCCUUGUGGGAGGAGCGACGCAUCCUGUAUGAGCAGUGCAUGGACCUGCAACUCUUCUACAGGGACACUGAACAGGCUGACACCUGGAUGGCCAAGCAAGAAGCUUUCCUGGAGAAUGAGGACUUGGGAGAUUCCAUUGAUUCUGUUGAAGCUCUGAUCAAGAAGCAUGAGGACUUUGAGAAGUCUCUUGCUGCUCAGGAGGAGAAGAUUAAGGCUUUGGAUGAAUUUGCAACCAAGCUGAUUGAAGGUCAGCAUUAUGCAGCUGAUGAUGUUGCGCAGAGGCGUGAACUGCUGCUUGAGCGGCGCACUGCUUUGCUAGAGAUGUCUGCGCGUCGCCGAGCCAUGCUAGAAGAUUCUUACCGGCUGCAGCAGUUUGAGAGAGACUGUGAUGAGACCAAGGGAUGGAUCAAUGAGAAGCUUAAAUUUGCUACAGAUGACAGCUAUUUGGAUCCGACCAACUUGAAUGGAAAAGUGCAGAAACACCAAAACUUUGACCAGGAACUGAGUGCCAACAAGUCUCGUAUUGAGGAAAUCAUAUCAACUGGCAAAGAACUCCUGGAAAGCAAGCACUAUGCCAGUGAAAGGAUUGGCAGUCGUAUGGAGGAAAUAGUUCAGCUCUGGACUUCACUUGAGGAAGCUACACGCAGCAAGGGCUCGAAGCUUGAGGAGGCUUCUCAACAGCAGCAAUUCAACCGAGGAGUGGAGGAUAUUGAGCUCUGGCUUUCAGAGAUUGAGGGCCAGCUUAUGAGUGAAGAUUAUGGAAAAGACCUGACUGGAGUUCAAAAUCUACUCAAGAAGCAUGCCCUUCUGGAAGCAGAUGUCAGCUCCCACCAAGACAGGAUUGAUGGGGUGCGCAUUGCUGCAGAUCAGUUUGUUGACCGUGGACAUUUUGAUGCUGAGAACAUCAAGGCUAAGCAGCUGGCUCUGCAAGAGCGCUACAAUGCUCUUCAGAAACCAAUGGGUCUCCGCAAGGAACGACUCAAGGACUCUCUUCUUGUACAGCAACUCUUCAGGGACAUUGAUGAUGAAGAGGCCUGGAUCAGGGAAAAAGAACCCAUUGCAGCUUCCACCAAUCGAGGUCGGGAUCUGAUUGGAGUCCAAAAUCUUAUCAAGAAGCACCAAGCUGUAUUGGCAGAAAUUAACAACCAUGAACACCGCAUCACUGCUGUUACUACAUCUGGGGAAGAGAUGAUUGGAGAUGGACAUUUUGCAGGUGAAGAGAUCAAGCAGAGGGUGAAUACUCUAAGCCAGCACUGGGCACAGUUGAAGGAGCGUGCCAACCAACGUCGUCAGGAUCUUGAGGAUUCUCUUCAGGCACACCAGUACUUUGCUGAUGCUAAUGAAGCUGAAUCUUGGAUGAAGGAGAAAGAACCCAUUGCUGCAGGUGGGGACUUUGGCAAAGAUGAAGACUCAGCUGAGGCUCUACUAAAGAAGCAUGAGGCUCUCAUGAGUGAUCUGGAGGCUUUCAGCUCAACAAUCACUGCCCUUGAUGAACAGGCUGCAGCAUGCCGCCAGCAGGAGGUCCCAGUUAUGGACAUCACUGGAAAGGAAUGUGUUGUGGCUCUCUAUGACUACACUGAGAAAUCUCCAAGGGAAGUUUCCAUGAAGAAGAAUGAUGUGCUCACUCUUCUCAAUGCAACCAACAAGGAUUGGUGGAAGGUGGAAGUUAAUGACCGCCAAGGCUUUGUGCCAGCUGCAUAUGUCAAGAAGAUUGACUCAGGCCUAACAGCCUCCCAGCAAAACCUGGCUGACAGCAAUUCUAUUGCUGCUCGCCAAAACCAGAUCAAGGCACAAUAUGAGAAUCUGAUGGCCAUGGCUCGUGAACGCCAAAAGAAGCUAAGUGAGACUGUGCAGGCCUAUGUGUUGGUGCGUGAAGCUGCGGAGUUGGCUCAGUGGAUCAAGGACAAGGAGCAGCAUGCCCAGAUCGAGGAUGUUGGCGAAGACCUUGAGCAGGUUGAAGUACUGCAGAAGAAGUUUGAUGACUUCAAAACUGACUUGCAAGCCAAUGAGGUUCGCCUUGCUGAGAUGAAUGAGAUUGCAAUGCAGCUGAUGAGUCUUGGCCAGACAGAAGCUGCUCUUAAGAUCCAGACUCAGAUUGAGGAGCUCAACACUAAAUGGAAUUCACUUCAGCAAAUGGCACAGGAGCGUCAGUUCCAACUUGGAUCAGCUCAUGAAGUGCAGCGAUUCCAUCGUGAUGUGGAUGAAACCAAGGAUUGGAUCCAGGAGAAGGAUGAAGCUUUGAACAAUGAUGACUGUGGCAAAGACUUGCGCUCUGUACAAGCUCUGCAGCGUAAACAUGAAGGUCUGGAGCGUGAUCUUGCUGCCCUUGGCGACAAAAUCCGCCAGUUGGAUGAGACUGCCAACCGACUCAUGCAGACCCAUCCUGAUGCUGCUGACACCAUCUAUGGAAAGCAGAGGGAGAUCAACGAGCUAUGGACUCAGUUAACUGCAAAGGCCAAUGCCCGCAAGGAGAAGCUCUUGGACUCUUAUGACCUGCAACGCUUCCUCAGUGACUACCGUGAUCUGAGCUCUUGGAUUGCUUCCAUGAUGGGUCUUGUUAGCUCUGAUGAGCUGGCUACAGACGUGACUGGUGCUGAAGCCCUUCUGGAGAGACAUCAGGAACACCGCACGGAAAUUGAUGCCAGAGCUGGGACCUUCCAGGCUUUCGAGCUCUUUGGUCAUCAGCUCCUGCAGUCGGGCCACUUUGCCUCUGCUGAAGUUCAGGAGAAGCUGGACGCCAUGAACGAAGCUCGGCAGGAACUGGAAAGGGCUUGGAUUGCACGGCGCAUGAAGUUGGACCAAUGCUUGGAAUUGCAGCUGUUCUACCGUGACUGUGAACAGGCAGAAAACUGGAUGUCAUCUAGGGAAGCCUUCCUAUCCUCUGAUGAAGCUGAUGCCAAGUCAGACAAUGUUGAAGCUCUUAUCAAGAAGCACGAGGACUUUGAUAAGGCUAUCAAUGCACAGGAAGAGAAGAUUGCUGCACUCAACAUCUUUGCUGAUCAGUUGGUUGCUGCUGAACAUUAUGCCAGCAAGGAUAUUGGUGACAAGAGAAGCCAGGUGUUGGAACGCUGGCAGCAUCUCAAGGAAGCCUUGAUUGAGAAACGCUCUAAGCUUGGCGAGUCACAGACUCUCCAACAGUUCUCUCGUGAUGCUGAUGAAAUUGAAAACUGGAUUGCUGAAAAGCUCCAGGUUGCUACGGAGGAGAGCUUCAAGGAUCCUGCAAACAUCCAAUCAAAGCACCAGAAACAUCAGGCAUUUGAAGCUGAAUUGGCUGCCAAUGCUGACAGGAUCCAAGCUGUUCUUGCUAUGGGUCAGAACCUCAUUGACAAACACCAGUGUGCAGGAUCAGAAGAGGCUGUGCAGCAAAGGCUGGAAUCCAUCUCUGAGCAGUGGGACUUCUUGACUCAGAAGUCAGCUGAAAAGUCCCUGAAGCUCAAGGAAGCCAACAAGCAGCGCACAUUCAUUGCUGCUGUCAAGGACUUGGACUUCUGGCUUGGUGAGGUGGAAUCUCUCCUUACCAAUGAGGAUGUUGGCAAAGACCUUGCUAGUGUCCAGAAUCUGAUGAAGAAACAUCAGCUGGUUGAGGCUGACAUCCAGGCUCAUGAAGAUCGCAUUAAUGACAUGAAUGGACAGGCUGAUUCCCUUGUGGAAAGUGGUCAGUUUGACACUGCCAACAUUCAGGAGAAGCGCCAGAGCAUCAAUGAACGAUAUGAGCGCAUCAAGAACCUGGCUGCUCAUCGUCAGUCACGCCUGAAUGAGGCCCUCACCCUCCACCAAUUCUUCCGUGACAUUGCAGAUGAAGAAUCCUGGAUUAAGGAAAAGAAACUGCUUGUGGCAUCAGAGGACUAUGGUCGUGACCUCACUGGUGUCCAGAACCUGCGCAAGAAACACAAGCGUCUCGAGGCUGAGCUAGCAUCUCACGAACCUGCCAUCCAAUCAGUGCAGGAGGCUGGUGAGAAACUGAUGGGUGUCUCAAAUGUUGGUGUUGCUGAAAUUGAAUCCCGCCUGCAGCAGCUGUCUGAGACUUGGUCCCAGCUGAAGGCAAUGGCUGACCAAAGAGGCCAGAAAUUGGACCAGUCUCUCAUUUACCAGCAGUUCUUGGCUAAGGUGGAAGAGGAAGAGGCCUGGAUAAGUGAGAAGACCCAGCUACUCUCUGUCCCUGAUUAUGGUGAUAACAUGGCUGCUGCACAGGGACUCCUGAAGAAGCAUGAUGCUUUUGAAACUGAUUUUGCUGUGCAUCGUGACCGUUGCAAUGAUGUGUGUGAGGCUGGCUCAAAGCUGGUAGGAGAAGGCAAUCACCAUGCUGAAUCUAUCAAGCAGAGGUGCCAGCAGUUGAAGGACAAACUGGAGGCCCUCAGUGGCAUUGCUGCACGCAGGAAGAGCAAGUUGGCGGAUAGCCUGGCUUAUUUGCAGUUCAUCUGGAAGGCUGAUGUUGUCGAGUCUUGGAUUGCUGACAAGGAGAGCCAUGUUAAGUCUGAGGAGUUUGGACGAGAUCUUUCUACUGUCCAGACUCUCCUGACAAAACAGGAGACAUUUGAUGCUGGUUUGGCAGCCUUUGAAAAUGAGGGCAUCCAGAAUAUCACUGCCCUCAAGGAUCAGCUGGUGUCUGGUAACCAUGAGCAGUCUGAAUCCAUCAUCAAACGCCAUGGCGAUGUGAUUGCACGCUGGAAGAAGCUUCUUGAUGACUCUCUCGACCGCAAGAAGAAACUGCAAGUCAUGCAGGAGCGGUUCCGACAAAUCGAGGAGCUGUACCUGUUCUUUGCCAAGAAGGCAUCUGCUUUCAACUCUUGGUUUGAGAAUGCUGAGGAAGAUCUCACUGAUCCUGUGCGUUGCAACAGCAUUGAGGAGAUUCGGGCACUGCGUGAAGCACAUGCCCAGUUCCAGGCUUCUCUGUCUUCAGCCCAGGCAGACUUUGAGGCCCUGGCUGCUCUAGACCAGCAGAUUAAGAGCUACAAUGUGGGACCAAAUCCUUACACUUGGUUCACCAUGGAAGCCCUGGAAGACACCUGGCGUAACCUGCAGAAGAUCAUUAAGGAACGAGACAUGGAACUUGCCAAGGAAGCACAAAGACAGGAAGAGAACGACAAACUACGAAAGGAGUUUGCCAAGCAUGCCAAUGCUUUCCACCAGCUGUUGACAGAUACCAGGUUUAGUCUGCUGGGCUUCUCCCUUAUCGGCUAUGAUGAGAGGUCAUCGAUGAUGGAGGGCUCAGGCACACUGGAGCAGCAGCUUGAAGCCACACGGCAGAAAGCAGCUGAGGUACGAGCUAGGCGUGCAGACCUGAAGAAGAUUGAGGACCUGGGACAGAUUCUGGAAGAGCAUCUUAUUCUCGACAACCGAUACACAGAACACAGCACGGUGGGCUUGGCGCAGCAGUGGGAUCAGUUGGACCAGCUUGGAAUGCGAAUGCAGCACAACUUGGAACAACAGAUCCAAGCUCGAAACCAGUCGGGUGUGUCAGAAGAUGCCCUCAAGGAGUUCAGCAUGAUGUUCAAGCACUUCGACAAGGAGAAGACUGGUCGCCUGAACCACGCCGAGUUCAAAUCCUGUCUACGUGCUUUAGGUUACGAUCUACCCAUGGUUGAAGAAGGGCAGAGUGAUCCUGAGUUUGAGGCCAUCCUGGAUGUCGUGGAUCCAAACAGGGAUGGCUUUGUUUCUCUACAGGAGUACAUGGCCUUCAUGAUCUCCAAAGAAACAGAGAAUGUCCACAGCUCCGAGGAGAUUGAAAACGCCUUCCGUGCCAUUGCGGCAGGAGACCGCCCCUAUGUGUUACGGGAAGAACUAUACCAGAACCUCACCAAAGAAAUGGCGGACUAUUGCGUCGGUCGCAUGAAACCAUAUGUCGACCCCAAAAGCAAUCUGGCGGUUCCUGGAGCCCUGGACUACAUCGAGUUCACACGCACUCUGUUCUCGCAGUAGCUUGCAACACUUUGAGAGCUUUAUCCUGAUUUUUCUAGAUUAUUCAAGAGAUACUAUUUUAAAGACCAUAGUCAGUCAUAAAUAAUAUAUGUGUGCACAUUAUAAUGCAUUUAGAUUCCAGUACUUUUGGCAGUUAGCUUAACAGUGAUCAAAAUUGUAAUUUGGCUUCUCACUGCAAAAGCUUUGGUAAGCUAUGGCAGCUAAGCUAUCAUCUAUAGGUGAGGUUGUGAAUGAGCUACUCAUAGCCAAAAUUUGACACUUUCGACUCCAUUUAUUUUCUUCACUUUCACCUAUGCAACUAUCAAAACAAGAAGCUGGUCCCAUCAUUAACAGGCUCGCGGUAGUUAUGACGAGGUCUGCAUAACAGCUGUGUAGAGUCAUGGUGUCUGUAAACUGCUGCCCUUGCCAUGCUCAGUGUCCCCACAGUUUACUCUUGGCUUACAGUAGUGCACAGUUAUAUUCCUAAAGUGUGUAGGAAAAAGUUGCACCUACAGUUUGGCUUUUUUUCGUUUUGCUCCGUAACCUUAAGAAUAUAGGGAAGUGUUGCCCUUUUUGAAAGUCUAGUAGAGAGUUUUACCACCAGGAGCUUCUGAUAGAGACGGCUAUUUAAAAUCGGAAGCACCUCUCCCUACUAGGAUGGAGGGCACACCUUUUACAGUGGCUUGGUGAUCACUAAAAGACACUGGGGUUUUAACACCUGGAAUUGCCAGACUGACGGCUAUUUACUGUGCUAGUUCCUCCCCUGUGUCUUUUAGUUAGACCACCUGGAUUGUUAAAAAAAAUUAAAUUCAUUACCAAAAUUUUAAAGUUGUGCAUAUAUAAGAACAGAGAGCUGAGCAGUAGCAAGUGGGCAUUAGUGGUGUUGGUGCUUUUAAAACUUACUGGGGCUUCUUUGAUUUCCAUAGUAUUAUAAUGAGUGGGGCCAGAUUUUCUUCCCAAAAGUCUUACAUUUUCCUCUUUAAUGUAAUAAAAGCUUGUGCAGUUA